GUCUAGAUCAGGGCGAGCUCGUGACCGGCAGCAACACGGACCAAGCGAGGGCAGCCGACGUAUCACACGAUGUUCGAGCCCAAGUUCGAGAAGCUGCAGGACGAGUUUGGUCUGCGGGUGGCAGCUGCCUGCCCUGGGAUUUUCAAGUCGCCGCUGUGGAGGGUCACGCCAUCGCGUUCCGUCGUCACGAGUCUCUACCCAGACAUGUGGCAGCGCUUCACGAACUUCGAAGUCUUCCCUGACGAUGUGUGGGUGGUGACAUUCCCGAAAUGCGGUACUACCUGGACCCAGGAAAUGGUUUGGCUCAUCGGUAACGACUGUGACUUCGACACAGCGAAGAAGAAGAGACUUAACGAGCGCGUGCCUUUCAUCGAGUUCGUUGCAAUCUCGCGAUACACAGGACCGGACGGGGAUACAUUGCAGCGCUGUACCGACAUGCCGUGCCCGCGGUUCAUCAAGAGCCACCUGCCGUACGAGCUGCUGCCGCAACAGCUCUGGACCAAGAAGCCCAAGAUAAUUUACGUGGCUCGGGAUCCAAAGGACACGGCGUUAUCAUACUACCACCACCAUCGUUUGUGGAAUGGCUACACAGGAACUCUGGACGACUUCCUCGAGGCAUUUAUUCAGGAUGCACUGGUCUACUGCCCUUUUUGGGAGCACGUACUCAGAUUCUGGGAGUUAAGAGAUGAGCCGCACGUGCUGUUCAAUACGUUCGAGGAAAUGACACAGGAUUUGAGUGCGGUCGUGAGACGCACAGCGGACUUCAUGGGCCGGCAGCUGUCAGAUGAGCAGGUGUCGGCACUGUGCGAGCACCUGAGCUUCUCCAAGAUGCGCGAAAAUGCAGCUGUGAACCACGAGGAGGGCCCCCCUACUGAGUCGCCUGUCGCGGCGACGGCGGCGGCGGCGGCGGCGGCGGCGGGCGGAGCAGACGGCGGCGACCCGGCGCUGCGGUUCAUGCGGCGCGGCAAGGCGGGGGCGUGGCGCCAGGAGAUGCCCGCCGCCUUCGUCGACAAGUUCGACCGCUGGACUCAGCAGAAGACGGCGGGCACGGGCUUCCGGGUCGGCGUCUCCGGCGGUCACCAGUAGCGUCGUGGGGCACCUCGUGUUUCCUCUGAUGUGCUCCGCACGACGUCUCUAAGCGGUUGACUACGGCACACUAUUUGAGUCUAAUCAUUGAAGUCCCAAGAAAAUGUGAACGUGUAAUUCUUCAGUCCUUCCCUGUGACACGUUGCGUGUUGAAUAAACGCGUCUUCCGCCGACUGUUCGCGUCGUUCUCCCUUCGUUGAAGAAGACAGCGAGUCACGCCGUCGAAAUACCAUGCGAGUACCACGUGAAGAAAUGGCAGAGAGACCGGCUUAUUCAAAGUGUCAAAACACAAGGUUUUGUAUUUUGAUGUGUUGCAGGCUUUUAGUUUAGUUUUUCCACCAGUGCUAUGUUUAUUAAGUAUGUAAGAAAAUUAGAAAGUAACGUGCCACUACCUUAUUAUUAAUUUAGUGUUUGUUUGUUUCGUAAUAUCUUGUGAAUUUGCCUACCAUCUUACUUAAUACAUUCGACAUUUGUUACAGUUACAUUUGUUACAAGUUACAGCAGUCAUUCUACGUGUUCCAGUAGAAUUUGUAACGAUUCUCGAAUGCAGAAUGAAAUUUUCGCUCUGCAGCGAAGUGUGCGCUGAUAUGAAACUUCCUGGCAGAUUAUAACUGUGUGCCGGACCGAAACUCGAACUCGGGACCUUUGCCAUUCGCGAGCAGCUGCAAGGU